UAAUCCAAUCAUUUCACCUCUGAACUUCCUUGCAUUGCUUCACACAUGAACUUUGGGGUCAUUUCAUAUUUAAACCAUAACACCCUACCAGAUUGAAUAUUUUUUUUUCUAUCUUUAGUUUGACAAUGUGGUAGAAAUCCUGGAGAUAAAACUCACAAAGGAAUACAGGUUCCUCUAUGAUUGUGCAGGACUAGCAUUUUUAACUCUCAGACUUGCACAUACCUAUUGCUUUAUGGUCUCAAUUCUCUUGUUGGAUAUAAAAAGUAUUUUUCAGUUUGUUCAGCUUUUGUUUGUUGUUAAAACAGGAUGACAACAUCUAAGCUCCUUACAAGCCACACCAGAAACUAGAAAUCUGGGAUAGAUUUUUGUUUCAAUUUGCCAAUACCCAUUUCUAGUUUGUAGAAAUACUGUUUAUUGUGAUAUUGACUACUUUAAUUUGAUUUAAGUCCAGAACAAUUGAAGCCUCUGCAAGAGGUCCAGGAUGCCAUGAAAGCUGCUGGGCCACUUAAUUCAGCAGAUUCCAUGAUGUCUAAAGAGUCAGUGGCAUGUAAAUAUGCUGCUUGGGGACCACAACAGUGAACCACAUGCAGAACCUUAGGCUUUGGGGAAAAUACUCUCCAUCCUCUGCAGAAAAUUACUCUUCUUGUGAAACACAACUUUUGGAUUGCUAUUGGGCCUGAGUAGAGACUGAAUGUGCAACCAUGAGCCAAAGUGUCUUGUGAUUCAAGCCAUACAGCUAUAAAGUUGGAUGUACACAGCAGCAUUAAACAAGAUGAGGCUCAAGAAGAUUCUACAGUGUAUGAAGAAGCAUCCCAAAUGCAUGACCCAACAGUCAUAGCAGUAGCAAUCAACUUUGGGGCAGCCCUAACGGGGCAGCAGUAAAUGGACUGCAUUUUCUUAAUGCAUAAAACUUCAAACAGUGCACUUACUUGCUUGUUUACUUUUACUGGAAGGAGAAAUGGCCAGAGGUAAGAGUCUAAAACAAUCUAUGGACUGUGGCCAGUAGUUUGUCUGAAAGGCCCAGGAUUUGGAUAAAACAUGAUUAGAAAAUAGGAGUUGAAGAGGCCUAGUGAAAAAAUAUGAUAGAAAUCUCCACAUCAUCACAGAAUGUGAAGAUACUAGUGUCCUGUGUGAAUGCUCACCAAAGGGCAAUCUAAGUAAAGGAAGAUUUUGAUAAUUAGGUAGAAAGAUGACCCAUUCUGUAAAUAUGUGACGCUCCAUCCAUUGAGACAGCAUUAUAGGGACUGUUUAAGUAGUUCCCUCAAUUGUGUAGGUCAAUUCCCUGUAAUAAAAAUCUAUCUAUCUGUCUAUCUAUUAUCUAUUUCCUACUGGUUCUACUUCUCAGGUCAGACCCUGAUAUAGGAAUUAUUUUGAUUGACAUAAGAGUUAUUUUGAGGCCGAGUCCUUUCUUCUGUGCAAAAUCCUGCUUGCUUUGUUCUGAGCCUCCCUAUACCUCAUCCUAUUGCCAGUCACCAGAGUGAGUAAGUAUAUAUUGUGUUUUGCUAUUGUAUUUGAUGAUUCUUUGAUUACUCAGGGCCUUGCUGGUCUGCCAAAGAGACUACCCAUCCAAGAGCUAGCUGAUUCCUAGAUACAGAAAACAACUCCCUCGCAAGUGUACCUGUCAUAUGCAGACCAACAAAUUCAGAGUCCAUAGCUAUCAACUAUGUCCUUUACUAAGCUCUUGCAGGUUAAGCCACUAUUCUUUUGCCUUGUUAUUACUCCAGGGCCAGGCACUAGGUAUCUAGGGGCAGUUUCUAUAGCUCUGAGCCGGCUGAUGUUAUUCAAACUAGUCAGUCCUAUGUCUCCCUGUCCUGCCUUGCCUUACCCACAGAAACCAUAAUAAUGACUUGUGCUUCUACUUGCCCCUGGUUUCUUUUGCCUCCAGAUCAACCCUAAUAUUUCCUCAUGUGGUCCUCUGAAGUGCACUGUGCCCUUUUUCCUUUGUUAAGUAAUAAACUCUUCUUUCCAAGGCACUUAUAUCAGUGUUUGUCACCUUACUCUAUCUGAUUAAAAUGAAUCCUGGAUAUAUUUUAAAACAAUGAGGAAAAUUGUAGUCAAAAUGGAAAGGGAUCAACCCAGACAGGAAAUCUUUCUGACACUCAGUGAUGCUGUCUACUAAGCAUAAUUGUUCAUCAACUCUCCGGUCACUUGUGAAGAUAGAGACAUGUCUGCUAAUUUCUCUAACCAGCUCAUGAAAAGUAGAUUUCCACCAGAAUUGUGAAGAUUUGAGGGAAAGAUUGACAUCACCACAAAUCCUCAGAACUAUAUUUCCGUGGAAGAGAUAAAAAUUAGAGUUACAUGAGAAUUCUUGGUGAUAGCAAUUAAGUUGUAAAGACAAUACUGAAAACCCUGAUCUUAAGACGAGCACUCAGCACUUACAUCUUUUAGUCUCCAUGGCUACAGUGGCAGAACUUGGGGCCAACUCUAUUGAUGAUGUCAUUCAUGACCAAGUAAUGGAUGUUGAAGAGCUGUCCCUGUGGCUUCAGUGUCUAUUCAUUCAACUUACUGUGGAGAGAGAAUGUUUUUAAAUAAAAUCUGCUUAUUUUCUCUCUCCUCACCAUUGGACAUUGAAACCAAGUUUUACAAUUCAGAAAUGGGUGACUUAUUUCUUGAAGUCCAGAUUCAGAAUAUGUCAUCUUCAACUGUGUUUAUACAAAAGGUUUCCUUAGAGCCAUCUGAAAUGUACACUGGAGUAGAAUUAAAUACUGUUAACCAGGGAGGAGAAGAUGAGUGUACCUUUGGAACAAGGACAUUUUUGCAAUCAACAGAAGGACGCCAGUACUUAUACCACCUUCAGCUGAAACCAGAAUAUUCAGAGAAAGCUAGUACUAUUAGGGGACUAAUGGAAAUGGGAAAAUUAGAUAUAUUAUGGAAAAGAAACCUGGGUGAAAUGGCAAUACUACAGACAAUCCAGCUUGAAAGAGAGGCUCCAUUUUAUGGAAACAUAAAGCUGUCUUUAGAGAAAAUCCCAGAUACUGUAAUUAUGGAAGAGCCUUUUCAUAUUACCUGCAAGAUAACAAACUGUAGUGAUAAGAAAAUGAAAUUGGUUUUGAAAAUGUGUGAUACACCUUCUGUUCGUUGGUGUGGAAAUUCAGGAAGGUAUCUUGGAAAGCUGCCCACAAAGUCAUCUCUCUGCUUUACCCUAACACUACUGUCCUUAAAAUUGGGCCUGCAAAGUAUUUCUGGCAUACGAAUAACAGACAAAGUAUUAAGGAAAACAUAUGACUAUGAUGAUGUUGCAAAUGUCUUUGUAGUACCUUCCAUCGUUAAAAUGAAAUGAAGAGACUUUUCAAUGCUGUGCUUCCAAGAGAGUUUCACAGAAAAGCUUUCUAUUCUUUUAUCCAGCAAAAAAAUGGUCAACUAACAAUAAGUAUAAGGGCAGAUUAUUUUAAUUCAUUUCCUUUGAGAUUUUGCAUGUUUUUGAGUUAAACGUGUGCUGAUUUCAGAAAGAACAAUCUGGAGUGUGCCAGGUUUGGAGUUUGUUCACUUGUCUCUCCUUGCCAUGUGGGGUUGUCUCUCUCCAUGCUCUGCUACCUAGUAUUGAGGAAGGGGUGGUGCAGGUAAUGUAAAACAGACUUUCCUAUCCUUUUUAAAAAAUUAUGACCCUAUGAGGUUGGUCAUGGCCUCUAUCAGGACAUGCAGGUGUAAGCCGGGAGCAAAAAGGUUUCCUUCAUAGGCGAUAGCCAUCUCCCUUCCUUAAAGCUUCCCCUUGGGUCUGCCGACCUUGCAGGUGAACUGCCUGAAGAGCCAGAGUGGUAGUCAAUGACAGGUAAGGUCCCCAGAGGGGGACAACCUAAGACAGGCACACUUUCGAGUAAGGCAAACACCUGCAAAUAAAACAAAAUGGGGGAGAUGUAGGGCAUGAUGUAACGUGGGGCAUGUUGCAUCAGAAAAGAGGAAACCUAACUUGCUGGCUGCUACUCGCUUCCCAGUCCUGGGGCCACAGGUGGCUAAGAGAGCACCUAACGAUUAGUCAGAAGGCAUUGCCAUGGGUUGUGAUGAAGAAUCAGACCACCUCUAGGAUAGGCUCAGAACCCUUCUGCCCUCAAGGACAGCUCAUGUGUCCCCUUACUUGCCUGUAGGAUGGGUGUAGAUGUAAAUUCUCCCCACCUUGCUGACCUUUACCCUGAUUGGCUCCUGUACAUUAUAUUAGCUGUGUAUGUUUUCUCAUUAAACGAAAUCUGCUUUGACAGUUAAAAAAAUUAUUUCUUACAUACAUAACAAUAGAGGAGUGCAUUACUUCAUAAUUUUUCCCUAUCCUUUUCAAUACAUCUUUUCCUACUUCUGUGCUAUCUGAUGUUCUUAGCUCCUAUGAAAGUACUUUCAUACGUGAAUAGUUGUUUAAAUUGAUGUUUCCAUGACAUGCUCUAAAAAAUCCUAUUUCACCAUUUUGGCAAAAUAAUCUUGAAAGAACUUUUUAAAAUCAUAAAUGUUUUAAAAGAAAUAUUAUCAUUAGAAUUAUAUAUACGUUUUAGUAAAACAGAUUUUCUUUAUAAAGUCUAUAGGAUGCUGGAAGCAAAGAGAACUUCACUGGUGAUGGGAUUUUCCAUGAAGAUUUGGGACAUUGGAAACUCAUGAAACUUGGUAUUUUCUUGGAACAGGACAUUGGUCAGAGAGCACUGGUUUCCACUUAAAUUCAAACUCUCAUACAAGUCAACAUUGUGGUACAGGACCAUGUCUGGAGGAGCCCUAUUCCUACAACAGAUAGCCCAACCCUACUUUUUGAGUCAUUGAAACAGACACAAAUUCAUACCCUUAAAAACCUGAAAACCUCACAUUAAUAGAAAAUAUUCUUUGAUUAUAGUAAAUUGUUAUUCUCUAAGUAAUGAAAUCCAGUACACCAAAGACCUAGGACUUGCAAUCCAAGUAACUUUCCCUUCAAAAUGGUAGCAUGAGUUUUGAAAACAGAACAAAUGACUUUCCAUUUGAGUAAAAAAUGCAACCUUCAUGUGAUUCACAAAUAUGUAUUUCAAAUAGGAUAAAAUUGUAAACAUAAAAAUUCAAGGUAUAAAAUAAAUAUUUUAUAG